UUAGGAGCGUGUAUAUAGUUAGGAAUCCACGCUAAACCGAUUUACGUUUAAACUCUCGGUUUUAUCUCGCUCUAAGUACCCCGGCUUAACUCGGUAUUGUGCUGUUUGACUAAGUGAACAAAUAGAUGCGAGCAGUGAUAUAUAUUGACUUUCGUUAGUGUGCCAUCCGGCGAUUAUCUUCUUAUUGUUUAUUAGCUGGUUUUUCGUUUUAUUUUGGCAAGGGACCAAAGUAAAUGUGGCCCAACAGCCUCACUACUGGGUAAGAUGCAGCCCCGACAACGAUCUGUCGUUUACCUGUUUUGGAAGUACUGGCGGCGGAAAUACGAGCAGUACCAUGGCAUACAAGUCAGCAUUGUAUCCCAUGCCAGGAUUGGGCCUUCAUGGGUUACCGGUGGACUCGUUGCAUCCAUCCAUGGCGGGGUAUCCAGGAGGUAUGUGUAACCAAAGAAAGCAAAGAAGAGAAAGAACAACAUUCACCAGAGCUCAGUUAGAUGUGUUGGAAGCGCUGUUUUCAAAAACGCGGUAUCCAGACAUUUUUAUGCGAGAAGAGGUGGCCUUAAAAAUCAAUCUGCCAGAGUCAAGAGUGCAGGUGUGGUUUAAAAACAGAAGAGCUAAAUGCCGACAGCAGCAAAAACAAGUGACGCAGCACAAUCAAUCGCAAAAUUCCGAAAAACCUGCGGCCACCCCAAGAAUUAAAACCAAGACAUCGCCAGCGACGAUUAUCACCAAAGCUUCGCCAGCGACACCACCCGUUUCUGUUAAUAGUAAUAAUAAUAACACUAGUACGAGUUCCUCAGCCAGUUCGCCCUCUAUACAUACGGCGCCACACCUUAGAGACAGUCCGAACUACGUUAAGCCUCAACUUCUUGUCACGUGCGGCAGCACUAAUUCUCCCACGAUUGCCUCGACUACGUACAGCAAUUCGGCAAAUUCUAUAUGGUCACCGGCGUCCAUAGAUCAUUUCCCCAUAGAUCAGACAAGAUGGUGUGCAACGUCACAGGGCAGCAUAAUGACAACGAACUCCUCGUCAAAUUGUUAUAAUAAUUAUUAUUAUUCAAACAUGGAUUAUUUGAGCACCAGUGGGAUGAACCAUUCGCAGUUUGCGGAAAAUGGAAUUGAAGCUUCCUGGGGCAAAACCAGAGAUGAAUCUGCAUGGUUAUACAAUGGAACAUGGGAUAGAAAAUGAAACAACGUGAACACAGAAACACCAAAUGUUUACGUAUAAACAUCCAAAAGUCAGGGAAAAGUACUUUCACUUCAGCUCAUGGUUUGCAGUUGGCACCCUUUUUAUUAUAAUAAAUUAAUCGUUUAUAACCGAAUUUAUACUUAAACAUUUGAUAUGAUCUAAAAGUGUAACAUUUUAAGAAUCAUAUCAAAUAGUAUGAUUAAAAGUUAUAAAUUACUUAUUAUUAUUGAAAAACGAUGACUGUAGACCAAUUCCCAAAGAAUUAAUUGCCAGUCAGCAAUAAGUUUUUUUAACGUUUAAGCUGUAGAACAAUUGAAAGUGCAAGAACUCAUAUCAACAAAAAAUAGUUAUAAUGUAAAUAUUUACCAAAAUUAUGUAAAUAUAGAUGGACAUGUCGCAAACAAUGUAUUUAUUACAUUAAAUAGAGUUAUUUGACCAAUAACAAUAAUGUUGACGAAUUUAUGGUGUGUAAUAUUUCCUAAAAAAUGUUCUAGUAAUAAUUUUUGUAGUUUGUGCCAACAAUAAAUUUGUACAUGGUCAUCGAAAAUUAUCUUUCAUAAUUUUUUAAAUGUGUACAUAUCUCUCUACUUGUAUGUUCCGUGAUCGUUAGAAUUAAGUUUUAGAUUUAAACUUUUUUCCUUUUAUUGCCCAGUUUACGUAAUUACAUAACGUUGUUUUAAAUAAAUUGGCUGCGACUAUUUAGAGGACAUGAAUUAAAUAAGAAAUGUGCCAUUUAACUUACAGAGAAUCCGUUUUAAGAAUGCUAUCUAAUUAAAAUGAGAGAAAAU